CGGAAGCCUGUGGGAGCCCGUGGCCUUUAAAGUGCGGUUCAGCCCUUUCCUCCGGGGUAGUUUGUAAACACGGCUGUCCUCGGGCUCCUGGGCGACCGAAAGGAUCAUGAGCCAGUGACCUGCAAAGGAAUACUAGAUGGAAACCUGAAAAGCACUGCUUACUUGAUAAGAGCUGAGAGAUUCCUGGCAGCAGAGUGAAUAAAGCUCAUGGCCCACCAGCUAGAGAGGUUAAAGACAUCAGAGUUGUAUGUUUGACAAGUAUAAGCCUAUCACUGUUCUGGAAGUCCUGUGAAGGCAGGUAUCUGUUUUAAUUCAUCACUACAUCCCCAGCAUCAAGCAAAGUGCCAAGCAUGGAGUAGAUACUCCAGUGUUUGUUGAUGGAAGAGAAGGAGGAACUUUGAUGGCACCACAUCAUGAGAGCAAGGAGAGUGAAAGCUGACUCCUUUUAAACUUUACUUAGAACAUACCAGAAUACUCUUCAUGAAAUAUCCUUGCCAUGAAAAACAGGACGUGAUAAGCUGCUUAACUUAUGAAAUUCAAAUUACAUGUGAAUUCUGCCAGGCAAUACAAGGACCUGUGGAAUAUGAGUGAUGACAAACCCUUUCUAUGCACUGCCCCUGGAUGUGGCCAGCGUUUUACCAACGAGGAUCAUUUGGCUGUCCAUAAACAUAAACAUGAGAUGACACUGAAAUUUGGUCCAGCACGUAAUGACAGUGUCAUUGUGGCUGAUCAGACCCCAACUCCAACAAGAUUCUUGAAAAACUGUGAAGAAGUGGGUUUGUUUAAUGAGUUGGCAAGUCCAUUUGAGAAUGAAUUCAAGAAAGCUUCAGAAGACGACAUUAAAAAAAUGCCUCUAGAUUUAUCCCCUCUUGCAACACCCAUCAUAAGAAGUAAAAUUGAGGAGCCUUCUGUUGUAGAAACAACUCACCAGGAUAGUCCUUUACCUCACCCAGAGUCUACUACCAGUGAUGAAAAGGAGGUACCAUUGGCACAAACUGCACAGCCCACAUCAGCUAUUGUUCGUCCAGCAUCAUUACAGGUUCCCAAUGUGCUGCUUACAAGUUCUGAUUCAAGUGUAAUUAUUCAGCAGGCAGUACCUUCACCAACCUCAAGUACUGUAAUCACCCAGGCACCAUCCUCCAAUAGGCCAAUUGUUCCUGUGCCAGGCCCAUUUCCUCUUCUAUUGCAUCUUCCUAAUGGACAAACCAUGCCUGUUGCUAUUCCUGCAUCAAUUACAAGUUCUAAUGUACAUGUUCCAGCUGCAGUCCCACUUGUUCGACCAGUCACCAUGGUGCCUAGUGUUCCAGGAAUCCCAGGUCCUUCUUCCCCUCAACCAGUGCAGUCAGAAGCAAAAAUGAGAUUAAAGGCGGCUUUGACCCAGCAGCAUCCUCCAGUUACCAAUGGUGAUACUGUCAAAGGUCAUGGUAGCGGAUUGGUUAGGACUCAGUCAGAGGAAUCUCGACCACAGUCGUUGCAACAGCCAGCCACAUCUACAACAGAAACUCCGGCCUCUCCAGCUCAUACAACUCCACAGACCCAAAAUACAAGCGGUCGUCGAAGAAGAGCAGCUAACGAAGAUCCUGAUGAGAAAAGGAGAAAGUUUCUAGAGCGAAAUAGAGCAGCAGCUUCAAGAUGCCGACAAAAAAGGAAAGUCUGGGUUCAGUCUUUAGAGAAGAAAGCGGAAGACUUGAGUUCAUUAAAUGGUCAGCUGCAGAGUGAAGUCACCCUGCUGAGAAAUGAAGUGGCACAGCUGAAACAGCUUCUUCUGGCUCAUAAAGAUUGCCCUGUAACCGCCAUGCAGAAGAAAUCUGGCUAUCAUACUGCUGAUAAAGACGAUAGUUCAGAAGACCUUUCAGUGCCGAGCAGUCCACAUACAGAAGCAAUACAGCAUAGUUCUGUCAGCACAUCCAAUGGGGUCAGUUCCACCUCCAAAGCAGACGUGGGAGCCACUUCAGUCCUCACCCCGAUGGCGGACCAGAGCACGGAGCCUGCGCUGUCGCAGAUUGUCAUGGCUCCUUCCUCCCAGUCACAGCCCUCAGGAAGUUGAUUAAAAACCUGCAGUACAACAGUUUUAGAUACUCAUUAGUGACUUCAAAGGGAAAUCAAGGAAAGACCAGUUUCCGUUUAUGCGAAAUCUGUGGUUGUAAAUUUUUUUUUUUACUUGAAAUUAAAUUUGGCUCUAAAAUUGGUAUAGCAGCAGUGGAUGAUCAGACUGAACAACGGCUUUCAGUCUCUGGAAGAAGACUGACUGAUUUUGCUUUUUUAUAAAUAUUGUUAGAUUUAUUAAUUUUUCUGUGCUCAACGUGUAAAUUGUAUUAUAAUUCAUUGUGGUUUCUUUCCCUUUUAAUUUAGUGGUGUUUUAAUAAAUGGGGGUGUUACUGAAUCUUUCUUCCCACUUCCAUUUCUUUUGACCACUGUUUAGCCCUCAACUGUGAUGGUAGCAUUGUCAUCGUUUAUACCAAAGGUCUGCAUAGUCCCCGUUGGCUUUGUGACGUUAACAAAGUCAACAAGAACUAGGCAAGAGAAAGAAUUUGCUUUUCAUCUUUUUGCCUUUUAUUUUGCACAUUAUGCAAAAGGAAAAACAUUAGAGAACACUUUUUUUAAGUGAGUGAAAACAUGGUGAAAGACAUACAGUGCUUUCAUGCACAUUCUUAAACUAAAUCAAGGUCAUUAAUUAAUAAGAGUACAUUUUCUUUUUUAAAGAUUUUUAAGUAGACAUAAAUUUUGGAAUCUUCAGCAUUUCAAAAAUGACUUUAUUUUUCAAGUCUUAAAUUCAGUAUUUUAAACCUAUGUUUUGAGGCUAAAAUAUGAAAUUAUAUAAUGUACAAUACAGGGUUAUCAGAUAUCUAGUAAUUUUUUAAAUUAGCUCUUGUUUUCAGGCUUUUUUGUUUGUUUUUACAGAUUUCAGGUUACAAACUGAGGAGUUUAUGCAUAAAUCAAGUAUGGUAUGGGUGCCAGAGAAGCCUAAAAUUACUACGUAGAAAAUUGAAGACUGUUUACCCCCAUUGUCUUGUAAUUGCGAGCUAACUUGUACUUAUUCUUGUGAAAGCACUGUCAUCUUUUAGUAGCAAAUUUUGAUAACGUUUCUUGUGGAAAAAAAAUCAGUAUCUAUCUUUAGAACAAUGUAAUUAUAAUGUGGGGAGUAUGAGUGUGUGUGAGAGAAAGGGUGUGCUUGUCGUGUGUAUGUGUGUCUUUCAGUAGUUUAUGCCAGCAAUCUUUGCUUGAAUGUUUAACGAUGCCUUCAGUGUGAUGCUGGCCAAUAGAUGAUUGCAGUUUAAAAUGUCAUUACUGUGCAGGCUUGGAUAACUAACAUUCCAUGAUGUAGCUUGUUUCUUGAUGAGAUGAUUGUAGGUACACUUUUCUCAUUAUCCAAUCAUCUGUGGGAUACUGAGUUUUCUAAUGUGCCAUUAUCUAUUUUUAUUCUGCAGUUAUGUUCAAAAUACAGUACAAUAUUUUAAAUAGACAAAAUUGUUAAACAUAAAAAUAAAAAAGUAGAUGUGCGUAAGAAACCUUUGUAAAAUAGUUAUGAGUCCUACCCAGUAGCAACUUCUGGCAUUCAAGCAGGAUUCCAUUAUGUAAAUAUCUGUAAUGCAUUUAUAAUAAGUUGUGUAGUUUGUUCUGCAUCCAUACUACACCAUUUGCUAAAGUCUCAGUGCCAUCUCCUAAUGAGACUGACAUUUAAAAAGCCUAGAUGGAAUAUCCUUGAUAAUUCAGGGAAAUAUCCCACUUGCCUAAGUUCCAAACUGGGAAACAUUCAAAUUAUUCAAAUGACAUUUCAGGACUUUUAAGUAUGAAGAUAAUAGGAAUUUUAUUGUUUGACUUAUUAAAAAUGAGAGCGUUUUUAGUUGAUAAUUCUUGUAAAAAAUUUUUUUAUUUUCAACCGACUUCAUAAUUUUAAAGUAAUCAAUUUCUCAUGAUGAUUUUGUUGUAGUUAUGCUAAGGAGUUGAUCUCAAAGGCACAAAAUAUGAAUUCUGCAAGAAGGCUAUUUUUAUCGUAGUUUGGAUGGGUUAGGAAAAGCCUCAAUUUUUCACUCUCCUAAAUCCUUCAGUGCAUUUCUUCCAUCUUAUUAUUUAUGCAAGUUAAAGUUCUUUGGUAACAGAAUUCUUGCAACUGUAAAAUAAAUCCACAUAGAUGUAAGAAGUUAUGUAAACAGUUAAUGAGCUUACCAAGGUUAGCAAAACUUUCAUUGUAAAUCAAUCUGUACUCAGCAAGUAAAAAUCAUUAUUAGUUGUAUAAACAGAAAUUCCAGUUUGACUUUCAGGAUGUCACACUACUUCUGUACCUAGCAUUUUGAGUCCUUAUAUUUGCAAUGUUACACAAACUGUACUAUUUUCUUUUAUGUGCAGUUUGCAUGAGUAAACCAUCAGAGAAUAAAUUCUAUCUUUAAAUUA